AUGAAGGUUGCAUUCUUUCUCUCCGCUCUCUUCUCUGCUCAGGUCUUGGCAAUCCCCGAGCCUGACAACACGGUUGUCAAGGACGGUGAAUACACUUACACUGGCAUCGAUAAGGUAUGGGCAUCUCAAAAUCAAUCAUACUAUUCUGGUGUUAAUGCAUUCUACAGGGGCUUCUAUCCCUCCGCGGUCUUGAAAAGCGCUGCAAUUGCUUCCCAGAAUGCCGCAGGCCGGCCUCCAACUGCAGUCCAGGCAAAUGUGAAUGUUCUGGGGACUAUGGCUGCUGGUCAUGCAGUGGUGGUCGUAUGCAGUGCCAGCCAGGACCUGGCUCAGGAGUCUGCUGGACGAAAUCUCACCAUCCUUAUCCCGUGA